AUUGCAUUCUUAAUAAUCUGUUGAUUCUAUUUAGUACACAAUUGAAGCUAAUAACAUUUUAAAGUAUUAUGCACUGUAUUGUAGAUUAUUUGUGUUUUAUAGCAUUUUAUACAUUUUUCAGAUGGCAUAAGUGUAGAGCAAUUUGUGCCCUUUUGUUGAACCUACAGCUGUCAAGGUCUUCUAUAGGUGCCUGGGGCCUCAUUUAUAAAGCUUUGCGUAGGAUUCACUUGGGAAGGUGGCGUACGUAGGACAAAGCAAGUAAAUACGCACAGAAAUAUUCCGAUUUAUAAAACACUGCGCACGCACGUCCUACGCUGGUUUCCCUUCAUAAAUCACAAUCAACUCGAAAUGCGGCGCAGCUUUUGCACUUCACGUAUUGCCCAUAUUUGCCUAUUAAUAGUCAAAGAAACGCCCUAUAUGAAUAUUCAUUUAAACUGACUGCCUGAUGACGAUUGCAGGAAAUGCCGACAGAACAGCUAAAAAAAACCAAACGGCGGGUUACACCUGUGAGUCUGGCACUCAGAUGUAACGUUCUCUUUCCUUUUUAGAAAUGAUAUUAAACCAAGUGCAAUCUAGCUGGAUUUACACAUGUACAAACAGCUGGGACUUUGUUUACAAAAGAGAUAUCUGUUUAUUUGAUGGUUUGUGUUCCGGCUUUCGAUCAGCUGUGCGCAGCGUCUCCACUGCAUCCUGAGCGUCUCACCCCCCCAGAAGCAACUCUAUCUGUGGUGGAAACUUCUGAAGCAAUGGAGACGAAACUCAGAGAGACACUGGAGAGCAGGAACUUGAUAGCAAAACACUGUUGGGUUUAUUAGGAGUGUUGAACUUUCCUGUCACUGUCCCAGACCGUAGUCGAGGAGAACAGGGGAAGACUCUCUGUAGUCUUCCAGGGUCGAGGUUCAAUAACCCACUUUGCAAAAUAAGGCAUGGAGGCUAGCUUUUCUUGGGAGGCCAUGGCAUUUAUUCAGAUUCUUAACUUACAGGGAAAAUACUUCAUGGACAUACUUUUUCUGGUUCUUCCUUUUUAUCUUCUCCAACACAACCAACCGACGCUCGCUCAUCCCUUCCUCUACCAUGCCCACCCACACAUGCACGCGCCACACCCCUCUCUCUCUCUUAAAGGGAUAGCAAUCUCACUGCAUGACCCUUAUAGCAUAACAGGAGUUACGGCCGGAGAAUUGAUAAGACAUUUACUGUAGACACGAGUUGCCACAGCGGUUGCCAAACUUAACUUAAACUGUCAUCUAGGUCACAAAUAAGGUGUUUACCGGAGCAUAGUGGGCCAGAUCAACUGGAGCUAGCUGUCACUAAACAAUAAAGCCAAUCUUAGGUCAGCGUGAGCUUGAAGCCCAGGCUGCCCCUCCUUAAUGAAGAUAACAGCGCCUGCAAGGCCAUAGAGCCAGGCCAGAGGAGGACAGAGAGAAGAGAUUCAAAUGAGCUAAAGAUUUACAAGCUUACACAAAAUAUUGCCUAACACUAUCAACCAGUUAAAGGACAUAAACAAAUUUCUAAAAUGCUUAACAAUUUAAACACAUUUUCAAUCAUAAUUACUGUAUAUAGUAAAACCAUGCACACGUAACCAAAACGGGGUCAGUUUAAACGUAAAUCUCUUUCUGUGUACGCAUCAUUUAUGAGAGUACACUUCAUAAAAUGUAAGAUAACAUAUUCGAAGGGGGGUUUACAAUAACAUCUGUAUUUAUUUAUUUCUCAAAGUUAUGUUUUUGUGUGCACUCAGGAGUCUCAAACAGGCGUUUGUCCAUUUUUGCAAAUGAAUUCUUCAUAUAUGAUACAUGAGAGAUGUCUCUGAGCCGAGUCAUUCAGAGUUUAUAAGCCCUGCCGUGACCACACUCAAUUCUGCUAGGCAGGACUGGUGUCAGCCUGCUCAGCCGGGCACAGAGCCUGCAGGCGGGCUUCCCUCUCAGGCUGAGGCCACAGACUGGCAUACUGGAUUCCACACUGAUCCCACAAACAUGCCUGAACAAAAAACUGACACUGCUGAUGAGGACAACACAGAUACCAAGCCGUCUACUGGCAGCUCAAAGGGCUCAUCUCAAACUGUCUCACCAAAGCCUAAGCAAAGACUGCUCGGAUUAUUCAUACGAGAGAAAGAAGAUGAAGUACAGACUGGACAAAAAGAAGAGGUGAAGAUACUUCAGCAGAAGGAACAGUGCAGAACCAAGAACCUCUCUCAAUGUGCUGCAAAUAUGACUGUGGACCAUCUUGCAAGUGUUCAACAAGAAGCUAAAGCUGCAGAGAUGACAGAGGUCAGAACACUUCAACUUACAGCCCUGCAGAACACAUCCUUUAAAGAAACUGGAGCAUCAUACGAUGCAGCCAACCAACGGGAGGCAGCAGAAGGCAGAGCUGUUAAGUCUCCAGAAAGACUGAACAAUCUGAAAGCUUUCUGGGAUGGAGAAAACACUGGCCCCAAAAUAACACUUAUUCGAGAAGAGGCAGAGGGCAAAGACACCCCCAAUAAAGGUAUCGAUGAUUUAAUGGGCCAUAUGUCUAACAUUGAUGAGAAGAGCAUAAACAACAAUCUCUCACAUCAAAUGGAAAUGACAGUUGAGGAUGCUGUCAACACGUCCCCACAGACCAGCUGUGGCUUCUUAGUAGAUUUAUCUAAAGAAGACGGCACAUAUAGAGCAAACCCAGUCCUGAUCGAUGAAGAGACAGAUGAUUCCCUAACAAGUUCACUAAUAGAGUCACAGGUUUCUGAGCCACAGAGAAACAUCAUGUCUCCUGUACCUCCCAAUGUAAGCUUCAAAACCCAAAAGCAACAACCGGACAUUCCAGAUCCUCUUCCCAGGCAGUCUAGUUCUAGUCCUCAAGAGGACAGACCAGCCAAGACUAGGGAGGUAAAGCAUCUUUGGGAGAAGGAAUAUAAUGGACACAGGGUAAGAGCCAAUAGUCCUGUGGAUGCACAAUCGACAUCUCACCAAUACCAUGUUAAGGAUGAAACAGUAUAUGAGGAAAGGCCCCUCGGUCACAUCAAAUCCCAGAAUCAAAGAUCAAAUGACCAGGAAGAUGAGAUAAGGAAGGGUCCAUUGAAGGCCUGUCAUCCAAGGGUCCUGCCAAGAGAAUCCUCUAUUCCUAAGAGAUCCAAACUGGGAAGCCCUCGGUUAAAAACGUUCCCAAUAGACAUCGACCCCCAAGCUAAGGUGGUUGAAGAGCAACAUAAGAAGCCAACCCUAGUUCCUAGACAGAAGAAGAGUCCAUCACAUGAAGCGAUGCACACAGUGCUGCCUGACGCUAAAUCCAGCACAGAAGUCUCCUCUUGUCCUCUCCCUUUCCCUCCUGAGGAUGGUUGCCUUACUUCACCUCUAUCCAAAACUUCAGAGAAGAAGUUGGGUACAUUUACACGCCUAGCCAGAUCUUUCAUUCCUCAGGACUAUCAGCACUACCUGGGGCCACAGGAGAAGGCCCAUGGCCCUCUCUUCCAGCAGGAGACCUCUGCUGCAGCAGAGAAUGAUGUGGCUCACACACCACAGGAUGCCCUCACACACUGCAGUCCCACUGAGGGGAAUCCUCACAGAGUCAGUUCUUGGAGGGUGCAAAAUAAAGAGGAGGAUUCCAGUCAAAACACAGUGACCCGGGCCUGGUCUCUGUCCCGGGCGAGUCAAGGCAGUUCUGAUGACUCGUCUAGUCCCGUGAUCGCAGCACUGAAGAGACUAUCUCCAAGGAGCAUGUCCUCAUCCAAAAGUCUGGAAAACCUCACCUCACACACAAGCCGCUCACUCCCACCAGCUGCCUCCACUCUGCCCGGCUCUGAGCAGAUGGGAGGCAGUGUGUCAGUGACUGCUCUUCAGCACCAGACAGACAGUGACGCCUUUGAGACCAACUUUGGCUGGAGAAGAAACACAGGAAGCUCCACGUCUAACCUCAGCCUCUCCUCAGGAAUGGACUCCAUGUCCUCUGUCAGCGGCAGCACCAGCAGCAUCUACCCUGCAGACUUUGGAGAAGUUGAAGUCCAGGGAAGCAUCCAAUUUGCUGUGAACUACAUCCAGAAGCUUGGAGAGUUCCACAUAUUUGUUGUGCACUGCAGGGACCUGGCCCUGGCGGACACUAAGAAGAACAGCUCCGACCCGUAUGUGAAAUGUUACCUUCUUCCUGAUAAAACAAAGUUAGGAAAGAGAAAAACUGCUGUUAAAAAGAAAACGUUGAACCCCACCUACAAUGAAAUCCUCAGGUUUAAAAUCAUAAUGGGAGCGUUAAAGACGCAGAGUUUAACCAUCUCGGUGUGGCACAACAACACUUUUGGGCGGAACAGCUUCCUUGGUGAGGUGGACCUGGAUCUGUCAGAGUGGGACUUCAGCAACACACACAUAAAUGAAUAUGCACUAAAAGCCAGGGUCUUAGCACAAAGUCCAGCAUCUUCUCCCUCGCGGCUGGCGGACAGCAGGGGACAGAUGAGAGUGGCCCUCAGGUUCCUGCCGCAGACGUCUCACAGUAAGAGAACAUCGAGGAAGGAGACUGGUGAGGUGCAGAUUUGGGUGAAAGACUGCAAGAACCUUCCUCCGGUCAGAGGAGUUAUUAUCGACCCGUUUGUGAAAUGUACUGUGCUUCCUGACACGAGCCGAAAAAUCCGUCAGAAGACGCGUGUGGUGAAGCGGACGGCCAACCCCAUGUUCAACCACACCAUGGUGUACGACGGCUUCCGGCCGGAGGACCUCACGGAGGCCUGCGUGGAGAUCACAGUGUGGGACCACGACCGGCUCAACAACCAUUACAUUGGCAGUCUGAGGCUGGGGUUGGGCACAGGCAAGAGUUACGGGACGGAGGUGCUUUGGAUGGAUUCAACGCCAGGUGAAGGAGAUUUAUGGCAGAGGAUGUUACAGUCUGACGGUGAAUGGGUGGAGGAUGUUUUACCUCUGAGGAAGUUGGUGAUGGCAAAAAGCAUGUCAAAGUGAGAUUGUAUAAAAUGUGUUGAAAAGUUAUGAGAAGACAGCAUGAAGAUGGAUCUACAACACUUUGUCUGAUGUGUAUCUAUAUAACUGAUGAUCAUCGUGUGGUACUUUGGUUUUUAUAGCCAUAACUACGAGUUAAAUUUGUAAUUAAAACAAAAAAAAAGAAGUAUUUAUUUAGAAUACAUGUACAAAAUGGUAAGAGGAUACAGUCUAAAUGAUUAACCACAUACAAAGUAAAAUCCUGAUUGAGCACUAAUGAUUUGUAAAUUAUCCUGUUGUUCAAUUAUCUGAUGAUUGCAUAAAGCUUUUCUAGCUUCAAUGACAGUAUAUUAUUGUGACUUUUGAUUUGGUUUCAUGUUUCAGAAAUUACAGUGGAGUUAUUGAGAUGAGAUAACAGACAAAUUAUUAGAUUGGUCACAGUUUAACAUUCAGCCAUGUGUGAGUGUUUCACGUGUCAUGUAACGUGUGCACAUUAUUCAUUAAGGGCAGAUAGGGUUUCAAUUGGAAAAACAACAAUCCAUGUUUGGCAGAAAUGUCUUUAUAAGCUUCCAAAGAAAUAAAGAAAUCCAAAGCUG